UAUGGCAUAAUGUGGGGGCCACCGGGCACGGCGGUGCGGAGCAUCCGUCCCUACCGGUCCAGUGAGCAGUACCUCUAUGCCAUGAAGGAGGACUUGGCGGAGUGGCUGAAGGAGCUGUACGACCUAGACAUCGAGGUGGGCACCUUUGUGGAGGUGCUGGAGACAGGGGCUGUGCUCUGCUCCCACGCCAACAACAUCAAACACGUGGCCGAGGAGUUUGCCCGUGCCUGCCCCGGCGUGGCCUGCCACCUCCGCCUGCCCACCACUGGCGUUGCCUGCAACCUGGCGGCACAGCCGGGCACCUUCCAGGCCAGGGACAACAUCUCCAACUUCAUCCAGUGGUGCAGGAAGGAGAUGGAUAUUAAAGACGUCCUGAUGUUCGAGACAGAGGACUUGGUGCUGAGGAAGAACGAGAAGAACUUUGUGCUGUGCCUGCUGGAGCUGGCACGCCGUGCUGCCCGCUUCGGCAUGCGCGCCCCGACCCUCGUACAGAUGGAGGAGGAGAUCGAGGAAGAGCUCCGCCAGGAGCUGGACCUGCCACCCACAGAAUCCCCUCUGCCCCGGACCCCCAGGAAACCACGGGACCUCCACAACCUUGACCAGAUGGUCCAGCACCUGGUGAGUCGCUGUACCUGCCCCGUCCAGUUCCCCAUGAUCAAGAUAUCUGAAGGGAAAUACCGUGUGGGUGACUCUGACACCCUCAUCUUUGUCCGGAUCCUGCGGGAGCACGUCAUGGUGCGGGUCGGUGGCGGCUGGGACACGCUGGAGCACUACCUGGACAAGCACGACCCGUGCCGCUGCACCUCGCUCUCUCACAAACAAGCCUGGAAAACCAGGAACCCCCAGCAGCAAGUGCAGCAUGAGAUCUGGCUGUGCCCAGCCUCGAAGGCAGCCCCCCGCGGCCAGCCCCCUCCUGCGCUGCUGGUCAGCCGCUCGCAGAGUCCCCUGCCCCCUGUCACCUGGGGACCCCGUGCCCCCCCCAGCCCCCGGCCCCCUGCCACCCCCUCACCGGAGGGUUCAGGUCGCCCACCGGGUGCCAGCCCUCGCCGGGAGCCAGCAGAGCCCCAGAGGGUCCCUUCGAGCAGGGUGCCUUCGGGGAGGCAGCCGCCACCAUCCAGGUCACCCAUUCGACCCAGCUCUCCUGGCCACAGGGCGACGUGCCGGGCACCCACCCCUUCCCGGGUGACCCCCAGAAUGCAGGACAGCGUGGGGGUCCCCAAGGCGUUGUGUGGGAGCACCCCAGGGAAACCCCCGCCGGCACUGGUACGAGGCAGGUCCGCAGCACCCACCACCCGGCUGACACCAGCAUCUCCAAAAAGUGCCCAGCAAGGAGGCAAAUCCUCUGUGGCAGCUGCCAGGCCACAAGAAGGGGGGGUCCCUGCUGUGGUGACUGCCCGUGCCCCCAGCCCCAGCAAGAGCUGUGCCCCCUCCCCACACCGGGAUGCCCGAGGAGACUCACAGAGCCAGAAAAUCCUGCGGGAAAGGAACCGGGGAGCCCUCAGCCGGGGCCAACCGUCCUCACCCCAAAAUUCCUCCAGCCAGCCUCUGAAACAGGACGGCAGCAUUAAGCCCCCCACCAAAGCCAGCCCAUCCACCUGCCGGCCCCCCACCCCUCCGGCCCAUUUUGCAGAUGGGUGUAAGGUCUGUGCUGCUGGGGGGGGUCCGCAGGGGACCCAGCAGUGCCACCCAGCCCAGAACCCAAGGGCUGGGGGUGCCGAGGGACCCGGGGCGCUGGCAGCCUGUGGCGGUGGUGGGGGCAGUGAGGGGCUCCGGGGGUGCUGUGGGCACGUGCAGCCCCCCGGCUAUGGCAGGGUGGUACAGGAGCUCUCCCGCGGGUGGCAGCCCCUGCGCCCUGUGGGGUUGGGGAGCUGGGCCCCUAAAACGCCCCCACGAGCUGCCCCGCAGCCCACCCCCAUCCCGGAUGGGGACGAGGUGGAGGGGCCAGGGGUGGUGGUCCAGACCCCCCGGGGAUCCAGGACCAGCAAUGUGCCCAAGCCCCGGCGGUGCCUGAAGAAACCCGAGCGUGUGCCCUCCAUCUACAAGCUGAAGCUUCGACCCAAGGUGCAUCCCCGGCGGGACCACAGGCCAGGCAAGCGCCCCUCGCGUAUCCCCACCCCGCUGGGGCAUCGCCCACUGCCCCCCCGGGGCCAGCAUCACCCCUCAGGCCCCCCCCGGCCACCCCAGCCCGCUGGCACACAUCCCAGGGCCAAGCCCUCGCCAGCUGACAGCAACGCCUGGCUGACCGAGGAUGACGAGGAGGCAUGGGUCUGACCC